AUGGCCGGAGCGGCGCGCGUCCCUCCCCGCCCCCUCGAGAGGUGCCUACUCCUCAUCCUGGUUGUCAUCCUCACCGCGGCGCAGUCCAAGCGAGUGGAGCAUUCCCUACGGAGGGGUCAUCUCCGAGUAGCUGACUUUCCCUCAGGGAGGGGGUCAAACCCGAGGGGGAAAUCAUACCCAAACUUCGCCUUUCUGAACGGCACGGUAAGGAGGCCCCCCGAGUGGCGGCUGCGGCAGGAAGGGGGCCACUGCAGUUCCAGCGCAUGCGGAGGAUGUGGCUGCCCCAAGACAACACAAAGUAGUGGAGGUACCCCCGUUGAGGGGGAGAAAGUCCUUUACCUGGUCAGCCCCAGAGGCUUCUGCAAAGGGGUGAGCAGAGCGAUCGACACGGUUGAGGAGUGCCUACGGAUGUUCAAACCGCCAAUCUAUGUGAAGCACAAAAUCGUGCACAACGAUAUCGUCUGCAAACAGUUGGAAGAGAAAGGAGCAAUUUUCAUCGAAGACGUGAAUGAGGUGCCCGAUGGAAACAUCUUAAUUUAUUCUGCCCAUGGGAUUAGUCCCCAAAUUAGAGAGCUAGCCCAAAAAAAAAAGCUAAUCGAAAUUGACGCGACAUGUCCUCUAGUUAACAAAGUGCAUGUAUACGUUCAGGUGAAAGCAAAGGAAGGGUACAAAAUAAUACUGAUCGGAUAUAGGAACCACGUGGAGGUAGUCGGUACCUUUAAUGAAGCACCGGACUCCACUUACAUCGUGGAGAAUGUAAAUCAAAUAGAAGAGCUACCCCUCUCGGAAAAGGACAAACUGUUUUAUGUAACCCAGACGACGUUAAGCAUAGAUGAUUGCUCCUUAAUUGUGAAGCGGCUGAAGGAGAAGUUCCCUCACAUUGAAACCAUCCCGAGUGGGUCCAUAUGCUAUGCCACAACGAACAGACAGAUGGCCCUCAAUCAGAUUUGCCAGGAGUGUGAUCUUACCAUCGUCGUUGGAAGUCAGUCGUCCUCAAAUGCGAAAAAGCUAGUAUAUUCAUCACAGCUGCGAAAUACCCCUGCUGUGCUGGUGAACAGUGUGGACGAUUUUGAUUUUUCCUCCCUGAGUGAUGUUAGGAAGAUCGCUUUAACCUCCGCUGCUUCCACUCCUGAGGAGUUGACUCAGAAGUUUGUUCAGGUGCUCACGGGGGAGCCCUUCAGGUACACGCUGCGCCUGUUCGAGCCUGUGCGGGAGAACGUCCCCAAGUGGAAGCUGCCCAAGAAUUUGAUGGGCCUCAUCGAAGAGCGGGGGAAGCGGUGA